CUCUUGGUGUGCGGCUAUGGAUGGGUCUGUGGAUGCUUCAGGAGCGCAGGAGAAUGGCGUUGGCGUAAAGCGACCGUCGUUUGAUGUCGAGAGAUUUCAGCAGCGGAAGAAGUUCAAGACCGAGGAGCUACCCUUGACUGCUGCGCAACACAAAGCUAUUGAGGACCUUCUACACAGCUUUAAGAAGAAGGGAGGGUUCGACCAUAUCCGGAAGAAAAUCUGGUCGGAGUUUCAUGAUGGAGAAGGGAAAGCAGAAUUUACAAGACGGCUUACGGAGAUCGCAGAGUCGGAGAUAGAGCGCGAACCCCAAUUACUCUCGAGGGAACAGGGCAAAGCCGCGACGCUGAUUGAAGGCGCUGUCGACCGCAGUGAUAUCUACAAGACGGUGGAGAAAACGCUAGAUGCGCUGGCCGCACAACACCUUUCAGCUAUAUUCGAAUCCAUUCAGGAGAUUCGUCGUCAAGAGGUUGGCGACGAGCAGGCUACCCGCGAGUUUAUAGCGGGCAAUAGGACAGAUGAGGAAUACGCUUUACUGGUCAAGGCUAAGCGUGACGAGCGCGAGAGGAUCUGGCAGGAGGAGGAGCGAAAGCGCAGGGAAGCUGAAGAAGCGGAGGCCCGUCGGAAAGAGGAAGAGGAACGAAGACAGCGCGAAAUCCAACGACAGAAGGACGAAGAGGAACGAGCUAGGAGACGAGAGCGUGAGGAACAACGGCGUGCAGAGCAACGCGCCCUAGACGAGCAACGAGAGAAAGAACGCCAGGAGCGAUAUGAGCGGCGCCGACGUGAAGAUCGGGAGAGAUACCGGGACUGGGGAUAUCGUGAUCGAGAUCGCAGCCAUACAAGGGACAGGGAUCUGGAGAGGGACCGUGAUAGGGAGAGGGAUCGCGAUUAUCGCUACCGUGAUCGAGACCGCGACCGCUCGCCUGGUUACCGCUCUGAGCGUGGUUUGUCGCCGCGACGCAAAGACUCUCAAGCGGAGAAAACCCCCGUUUCGAAAGAACCCACUCCCCCACCGGCUCCGCCUGUGGACGAGAAGACGUUGGAAGAGACGGCCUUGCAGCUGUUGUUGAAGGAAGGCGAAGAGCUAGCAGCUAAAGCCCGUCAAAAGCCAGAGUUCGAUUUCGAGGAAGCCGAAGCGAUUGAAAACGCCGCAGACGUGGAUCCGCAGUGGCAGAAGACCGGAGCCGGAGACGUGAUGGCAGUGGUAGCCGCUCAAGGAGGAGAUCAUCUCGGUUCGAUGACGACUAUCACAGGCGAUCACGGGAAGCCUCUGACCGACCCCGGGACCGUGUGUCAGACGACAGAGUCCCAAUUCGCGACUACCGCCAGGGCUACCGAAGCUGGCGGCCGGGCCGUAGUCGGAGCCGUUCUCUCACUCGGACAUACGACAGAGAUCGCGAGCGAGACCGUGAUCGGGACAGAGAUAGAGAUCGUGACCGAGAACGGAGGUCGGAUCGAGACAGGGACCGCGAACGAGAUGACCGUGACAGAGAUAGUGACCGGCGUCGAGACCGCAGCCGGGACCGAAGUCGAGACCGUAGUCGAGAUCGUGGUAGGGCUAGGCCGGACUACGACAGGUACCGUCGACGAUACAGCCACUAUUCUCGGUCACCAUCACCACGUCUAUCCCACAGGGAUCGAGAUCGUGAUAGGAAACGAGAUGGAGACGGUGGAAGGGAUAGGUCAAGAGAUCGAGACUGGGACCGGGAUCGAGGCAGGGAAAGGGACCGUUCUAGAGAUAGGGACAGGUCCAGAGAUAGGGAUAGACAGGGAAAGGGACCGGAACAGCGAUCGGGGUCGUGACCGUGAACGAUCUGUUGAAAGAGACAGGGGAAGAGACAGAGCCAGCGAUCGCGACCGGGAUAGGGAGAGACUUACAGAAAAGGACAAAGAUUGCGACCAUGACCGCGAGAGAGACCGAGAACGAGAUCGCGGCAGAGAAAAGGAAAGGGACAGAGAUCGCUCUCGCUCCCGACGGCGUUCCCCAAGCUUGCUGGACAUCGACCGCUACGUCCCAGUUACUAGCCAUCGAAGUCGCUCUCCUCGUCGACGACUGCGGUCUCCAGAGCGUGCAGACGAGCGGCCUCGGGGUUUUGUCGAAAUAGACCGGUAUAUGCCGGGUGGGGGAGAGCGGGAUAGGGUUCGUGAUGGGCAGGUCCAAAAUCAGACCCCAAAGGCGCAGAGCUGGAGGCCCGGCGAUGCAGAGGAGAAGACAUCGACUAGAGAAUAGAUAAACAGAUGUGCCCUUUCCCAAAUCUGUACGAUUAAUCUUGGUACGGUGUAUACUAUUACGUGACCGA